AGAAAAAGCAAGAAAGAAAUAAAUAAAGAAGCCUAUUCUCUCUCUCUCUCUCUCUCUCUCGCUUUACCAAAUAAACCCAUAACGCACACAUACACCAAUUAACUCGCUCCCUAUAACACCCUCCCAACUCUCUUUUUCCAUGGCAACAUUCUUAGCCCAGCUUAUAUCUAUCUUCUUUAUCAUCGUCAUCACCCUUGGCAAUAUCACUACUCUGCCAUUAGCAGAAGGAAACUGGUGUGUGGCAAGAAGUGAUGCUAGCAACCAAGCUUUGCAAACAGCUUUAGACUAUGCAUGUAGUACUGGAGCUGACUGCAGUCCUUUACAGUCCAAUGGCCUUUGCUUUCUCCCCAACACCAUCCAAGCUCAUGCUUCCUAUGCCUUCAACAGCUACUUUCAGCGCAAGAGCAUGGCUCCUGGCUCCUGUGAUUUCUCUGGCACUGCCACUAUUGCAAGAACUGACCCAAGUUAUGGAUCUUGUGUGUAUCCAUCUUCUUUAAGCACUGCUGGAGGGGGCGCUACUACUCCAACAUCAACAUCUACAAACAACCCGAAUACACCAACACCACCAAUGACCACUUCACCUGUAAACGGCGGUGGUACUGUCGGACUGAAUCCUGGAAUGACUCCAUCUCUACCGACUGAUAAUUCUAAAGCUUCAACUGGUCUAAUGGCAGCCAAAGUUAUAAUGCCUAUUUCUAUUUUCCUUGUUCUCUCGCUUACCUUUUGAUUGAAGCGCCAGUCCUUUAAGCCAGAGUAACAAUGCUCUCAUCUUGAGGAAGAGGCUUAUACACAGUUUUGUUAGGAAGUUGGAGCUGUCAUUGUUGCUACCAUAUAGCUUCCUGGUGUAGCUUCAGAUCUUUCAUCUCUUUGGUUCUUUAAUGAGAAAACUAUUCUUGGCAAGCUUCAAACUAAGCUGGUAUAGAGAGACUUACACGCUAUCAUGUAGUUAGCGAGGAAUUUUCGGUAGUUAAUCUUUGUAGGUCCACAAAUUAAACUCAAUUGUUCUACCUGAUUCUUGUAACUUUACUAUUAUUGCUAAUGUAUGAGAGCUCUCAUCCAUAAGGCAUCCUAAUGUCAAAAAAGAAAAAUCUAAUCUCUAGUAUAUGGUACUUUGAAUUUCUAAAUUAGAUGCA